UUUUCUUUGUGAAGGAAAUACCCAUGGGUCUUGGCCAGAACAAUUGGGUUCCUUAGCUCAGACAAUAUGUGAGCAAAUGUGUUCUGACACCUACCACAUUUUAAAUUACCUUUGUUUUUUACCUUUCAGAUUAGCCUGGGCUAAAGUAUCUGAAGAUCCUAGGAUUGCUGCAGGUCAGCAGUCCCCACUGGAGAAAAAGAUCUUGAAUCUAGGUGGUGCACAUACAACAGCAGCAAGACAGUUGAUAAUUCAAAAAUAUCAGGAGGAGUGUGAAACACUCUGCAAGGAACAGGCUCUUUCUCUUGACUACUGGUUUGCCAAAGCAGAGUCGUAUUAUAAUAGAAGGAUAGAGGAAAUCAUGAAAGAAGAAGGGACAGGCCUUGAAGUCAAGAAGAAGACGGAGGAGAAAACAAUGAAAAGCAUAGAGGUACCAAAACGGCACUAUUUGGUACCCACAAGAGAGAUGAAACAUAUCGAAAGGCACAUAUACCGGGCAGGCCAGGCCAGAGAACUUAAUAACAAAACAUUUAAAAAAAUAUUCCGACCCCCAAGUGAAAUAACGUUACCAAAAAUUAUACCAGAAGAUCAUGGCAUCCAAAACGCACAGAGAAAGCAGGUAAAUAAGAGGGAGCAGAUUCAAAUCAGAGGUCACCAGGAGCGCAUGAUUAGAGGGAGAGAACUUAUAGAGCAAAGGCUCCAGGAAAGGAUCUUGAGAAAAAGCUACAGCCAGCCUCCUACCCGUCAGAAGCAUGAGAAAGUAAAGGAAGAGAUGAAAGAGUUGGAGAGGGUUACUGCAUACCCACUUUUCCAGCCACGCAGAAGUCUGAUUAAAGUGAAUAUUCUUAUGGAAAAGUCUGAGAGAGAAGAAGCUGAUAAAAUUACAAAACCAUUCUUAAGGAAAUUCUUGGCCGUGCCACCCUUUCUGAAAAGUCAAAUAGGAAAGGCAAAAAAGUAGGGAAAUGUUAACGAUUUUACAAUAAAAUCACUUCUCUUGGA